AUGCCACUCCGCACUAUAUACACACACACAACUAAAGGUAGAAGAUCAUCAUGUGGAGAGCUCAUACACACUGCACCUCCUAAAGGUAGAAGAUCAUCAUGUGGAGACCUCAUCUACACCGCACCUCCUAAAGGUAGAAGAUCAUCAUGUGGAGACCUCAUCUACACCGCACCUCCUAAAGGUAGAAGAUCAUCAUGUGGAGACCUCAUCUACACCGCACCUCCUAAAGGUAGAAGAUCAUCAUGUGGAGAGCUCAUCUACACCGCACCUCCUAAAGGUAGAAGAUCAUCAUGUGAAGAGCUCAUACACACCGCACCUCCUAAAGGUAGAAGAUCAUCAUGUGAAGAGCUCAUCUACACCGCACCUCCUAAAGGUAGAAGAUCAUCAUGUGGAGAGCUCAUCUACACCGCACCUCCUAAAGGUAGAAGAUCAUCAUGUGAAGAGCUCAUCCACACCGCACCUCCUAAAGGUAGAAGAUCAUCAUGUGGAGACCUCAUCUACACUGCACCUCCUAAAGGUAGAAGAUCAUCAUGUGGAGAGCUCAUCUACACCGCACCUCCUAAAGGUAGAAGAUCAUCAUGUGGAGACCUCAUCUACACCGCACCUCCUAAAGGUAGAAGAUCAUCAUGUGGAGAGCUCAUACACACCGCACCUCCUAAAGGUAGAAGAUCAUCAUGUGGAGAGCUCAUCCACACUGCACCUCCUAAAGAUAGAAGAUCAUCAUGUGGAGAGCUCAUCUACACCGCACCUCCUAAAGGUAGAAGAUCAUCAUGUGGAGAGCUCAUACACACCGCACCUCCUAAAGGUAGAAGAUCAUCAUGUGGAGAGCUCAUCCACACUGCACCUCCUAAAGAUAGAAGAUCAUCAUGUGGAGAGCUCAUCUACACCGCACCUCCUAAAGAUAGAUGA